GAUGAUUCAAGACUCUUCAGGGACAUCAGUCAUGGUAAAGAAGCAGCUGAGCAGGAACAAGAACAAAUGGCUUCGAAGAAAGGAGCAAUGGCAGUCGGUUAAUUCUACAUUUAACUCGAUAAAGAAAUUUCAAAGGAUAAGCUUUAGCAAGCUUAUCAGAGAAGGCUCACAUGAAAGAUAUAGUGAUUUUGAGAAGAAAUUUUCACCUACUAAAAGAUCUCUAAAUAAGAAUCUAAAGAACAGUCUUCUUACUUUAAAAAAGAAGGCUCAUACAGCUCCUAAUACCCAAAACUUAAAUCGAAGAAGGCAGAAGUUACUGAACAGCUCCAAGAAGCCCAUUAUUCUACUGAAGCAGAGUAGGGAGAUGCUACCAAAUGUAAAAGAGCUUUUGAACCCUGCCUUCCUUCCAAAUGGAAAAAAACCUCUCCGUCCAAUGGUAUCUAUAAAAAACUACAGACACAAAUUCACAGAAUUAGAAAACAAAGAUCAGGGAAUUAAGGAUAAUAAAGCUUCCUUCACACCAACACAGAAAGAGACAAAACAGAGUCCUCUUUUAGCUUCUGAAAGUACAUCCUGAAACAGCCCAACAAUGAAGUUCCAUAAGGAAGAUGCUCUGAUUGGCGGUUUUAAGAGAGUUUCGAACUCAUUAAAUCAGUUUAAAAGUUUAAGGAAUUCAGUCCUCCCUCCUCAUCCAUUUUUGAGCUCAAAUGAGAGGAAGCCAAACCCAAAUUCAUUGAUGAGUGCUUUACUCAAAAGGUCGAUAGACUAUAGUAAAAUGUUUGCCUCAAGCGAUCGCUUACCUAACAUUUCCUCAUAAUUAAUGUUUCCAUUGGCUAAAA